GCUGUCAAAUAUUCGAGUCAAGACAAUGGGAAGUGCAAAUGAUGUACCAUAGCAACACCAAAGGUUGAUAUCAGCAGACUAACCAAAAUGUUAUCUGUUGCAAAGGGUGGGUGUAAACAGGCUUAGGUGUAAAUAUAUAAUAUAUAUCCUCACAUUUUACAAACACACUUUGAAACAAUUUUCCUUUACGCAUUUUUAAUUAAGUCUGCUUGUGGUGGCCGAGACAUGUUAUUUUUUUAUGAGGCAGACUUUAUUUGACUGGAAUAGUGUCUAGUCUAGUAUCUGUUGUUGGCAUUUAUGCAAUUAUGCUUGAGAACCCGGGAAUUAUUGUGAAACAACUCGCGACAAUGGCUGUUCUGAGGCCAAAGGCGACGCAACGUUUUUUAUGAGGCAGAAUUGAUUUGAGUGGAAAAGUGUGUAACGCUCAAUGGUCUCGUCUGGUAUCUGUUGUUUUCAUUGUUGGUUUUGCUGCCACCUGUUGACUGUUGCAGUUACCGCACAAUUACGUUUGUGACGUAAAUCAUAUACGUCAUAAGUGAUCGUGUUUAUAUGGAACGCCUUCCAUAUGUUUGAAACAGAUCAGACAUUUGACCAUCCAUUCAAUCAAUUCAGUCAUCAAGUUGGCGUCGUUGGUGGUCGAAAAUGUAUUAAUCCGCAUUUUAUUGCAAUGUAAUUGCAUCAUAAUUGUUUGGGGUGAUACAACCGGUGAUAAUAUGGAGAAGAAAGAAGUUGAGGCAGGCUUUGUUUUUCAGAUUUUUUUAUAUCAAACAUUUUGAAAGGCAAGAUAAGUCUUGCCAUCUGCCAAAUUCAGGAAUAGUGAGUAAUUGGGUAAAGGUGAUCGCCAAGGUGACAUUAUUCAUAGAGGACUUUCUGAUGAGAUUCCGGGGUCAGAGGUCAAAGGUUAUAUAACCUUUUGAUAAAUAAUGUAGGCUAAUUAAUGAGAGUUUGAGAAAGGUGAUGUGUAAAAUCUCAGUCACAGGAGACUGAAGCAGAGAGAGAGAUGGAGGAUGCUGAUCCAGAGUCAGCCGGCCCAUCUCAGUCACAGGAGACUGAAGAAGAGCAAGAGAUGCAGAAGGCUGAUCAAGACUUAGCCAGCCCAUCUAACAUAUGGGAGCCACAUCAGACUUUUCAUUGCAACCUAUCCUUGGCCCAGAGAAGCUCCUCCUCAGAACUCAAAUUCUUAGGGGAGGAGAUGACUGAGAAGUAGGUUGCUCUUUGUCUUCCCCAUACUUAUCUCCUAUUCUCUACACUGUAUGUUCUGCAACCAGCAAAGAACCAAUCAGAAGGUUUGUUUGUAGUGUACAUGUACAGUACCAGUCAAAAGUUUGGACACACCUACACAUUCCAGGGUUUUUCUUUAUUUUUACAUUUUUCUACAUUGUAGAAUAAUAGUGAAGAAGAGCAACGGCGAAAAGCAACGCUCAGACAGGACAUGAGGUUCGGGUGUCCUCACCUUGCACCUACUUCCUGUCAGCAGUGUCGGCUGAGGUGCAGAGUCUGGUGGUCCAGAGAUCAGGGACCAGGAUGUCAGCCAGACAGUCAGGCAGCAACCACCUGCUGAACCUGUCUCAGGCGGAGAUCACCAGGUCCGGAAAGCUGCAGCCAAACUCAAGGCAUCCAUGUCUGAGUUUGAGCUGGAGGUGGGAUCCAGAUCCUCACAGGGCAGCAGUGGUCCAUCGAACCACUCACCUCUGUCUCGCUCCCACUCCGACCUGAGGAUGCUCUGUGUCCAGUCAGCAGUCAGAACUGCCCUGUAAGUGUUAAAAACAGAGCUUGACAGCAACUCAGACGAGUCCUUUGAUCCGUGCCAGAUGGCUAGAAACCUUCUAGCACGUCUAACGUCGGGUGUCGACAGCAUCGACGAUCUGGAAAUUGGUGAGAUGCUCCAGGGCCCCUCAGCAAUCAUGGAGCCGGAGGCUGUGAGUGAACACCCAGACAUAUCUUCCACUGCCAUCUACCAAUCCCUGCUCAUUGAUUGUCCUUUCCCACCAUCAGAGAGGGUUCAGGAAACAAUUAUCCUAAGCCAUCCACUCACUGCACAGGACAUGACCACACAGGGGAAAAAGCAGCAUUCUGCUGACCUUCAGACCGACAGCCUAAUGGCAGAAUACCCUGCCAAGGCACAACGGGUAGUGACUCAGGUCAUAAGAGAUGCUUCUUUGACCGUGGACAUCCUGUCAGCCCACGUCUCCUCAAAGAACGUUGCUGAGGCCUCAACUCGCAUUCUUGAGUCCCUUCUAGUGGACUUAAACGAGGCAGUUGAGGUGAGUAGGGCAGAGGGGAGCAAGUUCUGGGAAAAGGUCCAGUUAUCCUCCCAGAAACUUUACAGCACAGCUGUGGACAAGCUGAAGAGUUUGUACACUGGUUGCCUCCUCACCAACGAGCAAGACCACCAGGAUACCAGGAUACAAAAUCCAGGACAUGGAAGUGUCUACCAACAAUGACCUCAAAGACCCAACAGUUGCAGUCAGCCAGGAGUCAGUCAGACGCAGCGCCAAGAAGAUCCUCACAAAGGUUCUGAAUGUGAUCAAGGCCAGAGUAGCUGGCUCAGAGCACUCAUCUGUGGGCGAGCAGAUGACCGAAGAGUGCCAAGUUGCCACAGAGAUGUUGGACUCCAUUCUGAACAGACUAGAAGAUGAUGAGCCUGAUGUGGGUGAAGAGGAUCAUCUUCAUGUGAUGUCUGUCCGUGACAUCUACCAGGAUGUCUCAUCUAAAACCUCUCAGGUUUGUAUGGUGGUUAGUAGCCAGGCGAUGGGCGCGUUGACCGAUGAUGUGUCUGCCGCGACCUUUGUGCAUGAUUUUGUGCACAGGUCAGAGAGUUGUCUCUCUCAGGCCACAAGUACCCACAGGUCAGGCACUAGCCAGGCCUCCAGUGACCUUGUUGUUGAAUACAUGUCUGAGCUCCAUACCAACUGCCUCGACACCGCAUUGCCUGUGAGGUGCACUUCUACAGCUGUUGGCGAUACAGAGACUUGUCACGUCCCCUCUGCCAGAGUGAAGAAGAAGAGUCAGGGCCGGAGGUUCAGUUGCUGCCCAAAGUUGCCAACGGUCAGCAUCAAGAUGAUGAUCAUGCUGUCCCAUUCAUUCCCCAACUUGAGGACGACCUGCCACCAGCACCUGCACAGGAGUCCCGUAAACGUCCCCUGUUGGUGAGAAUGUUCCGGGCCAUUUCCAGGGCCGUCUCGAAGCCAUUC